AUGUGUGCUGGGCCAAAAACUAGUAUUAUUGAUCAGCCUUUGCAGAUUACAACAGCCGCUGUUCUCAAAGCGGCUGAAGAGUUUGUAGAUCUAUCAGAUCGUGGCUCAAAGCGCAUGGGUAAAGUUGUGGCGACGGAACGUCGAGAGAAGAUUAUGUUGCAGGAGCAACUGGAAACACUUGCAAAGCAACACUCGAGCCUGGAAAGGGCUGCCACAUUGACAGACAACGCCAACUUUAAACCACCAUUGUCCGCAUACAGUGACAUGGAAGAUGAGUUUCACGAUGCCGCGGAGGAAUUGAGUCUAUGCGGAUCAAGGUGA